AGUUAGUCUUGCAACAUUGGUAUUCUUGAUCUAAGUCGCCCUAAGAUUAAUAAAAAGUUGUGUAAGUACAUUUUGAUUUCGGUUCCGUGUGUCGAAGGAUUUAUGAACAUACAUUUCAUUGACUAACAAUCCUUGCACAUUGUACCUUUAUCUAACAUGGCGGCUUCAUUGGGUCGGGUUUGUAAAUCUGGUCUUUUAAAAUCGAAUUAUGGCACAUUAUUCAAUCAGCAGGUGCAUAAUUUUUCUACUACCAAUCAGUGGUCUAGGGGUAGAAAAGUGCUGCUGGCAUGUUUGGGAGUAACAGCAGGUGGUAUUAGUGCACUAAUUUAUGCUUUGGAUCGUUCUGUAAAAGCUGACGAUCUAGUAGCACAUGCACCAAACCAAAAAUGGGGUUUUUAUGGAAUGCUGAGCUCGCUCGAUCACAGGAGCCUUCGACGUGGUUUUGAGGUAUAUAAGAAUGUAUGUGCAGCGUGCCAUAGUUUACAAUAUAUAGCUUAUCGUCAGCUUGUGGGCGUUACACAUACUGAAGCCGAAGUUAAAGCACUUGCAGAAGAAAUUCUGGUGAAAGAUGGUCCUAAUGAUUUAGGAGAAUACUUUAUGCGGCCUGGUAAAUUAUCUGAUAAUUUACCAUCUCCAUAUCCGAAUGAAGAAGCCGCCAGAGCAGCAAAUAAUGGUUCCUACCCACCAGAUUUAUCCUUCAUUAUUAAUGGAACACAUAAUGGGGAAAAUUAUGUGUUUUCAUUGUUAACUGGGUAUUGUGACCCACCAGCUGGUAUGCCGCUGAGAGAAGGUCAAUAUUUCAAUCCUUAUUUCGCCGGUGGCUUUCUUGGUAUGCCGCAAAUUAUCUACGAUGAGGUACUAGAAUUUGAAGAUGGCACUCCGGCAUCUGCUUCCCAAAUAGCAAAAGAUGUUGUGGAAUUUCUUAUGUGGACAUCAAACAGUGAAUUUGACGAAAGAAAGAGAUUAACUAUUAAGAUUAUGGCUAUUGGUAUGACGUUAACAGCGCUAUUGUAUUGGUGGAAGUACCACAAGUGGACGACUGUGAAAUCCACUAAAUUACUUUACACUCCAAAAUACAAGAAGCAGUAAAACCUGUUGCAUAUAAAGCUACAUUAGCUCAAAUUAAAACGAUUCGACGUUGUUAGGUUCCAGAAUCUGAAUGUAGUUUUAUACCUUGUUUGAGUAUUGCGGCAUUUAAAAAGAAGCAGAAUUGCACGCAACUGAUAGACGUUUUACUUAACACGUCAAUCGCCUUGUACAUAUAACUACAACCAAUGAUGUCGUCUCAUUUAAAUAAAUCGUUGAACUUAUUUAACUGAA